UUUAAGUCACCACUGCUUUGUGGUUGUCAUAGACCCGUAUUAACUCGAAUAACUCGCAUCGAACAAACAAAACCGAACCUAAACUUCGGCAUUCCACCAGUGGCUCUUUCCAGUUAAAUACAUUUGGUUAAAUUUCAAGACAAUGUCGUUCCGGAAGCGUCAUACUUAUGGCUCGACGGUGCGGAGAACCAUUGUGGAGCGGUCCAACCGACCGAUUGGCUCCGCCACACUGGACUUCACCACAGCCCAGGAGGCGGCCAAGCUUGAGGCAGAAAUGCAGGCGAUGGCCACGGAUGUGAAGGCGGCCCUGUUCCAGGAGUUCUCCUCCAGCGGCGGGAUGAGCGGCUUCUCUAGGCUGCGCGAUCGCGGCAAUCUGAAGGGCGCAGACUACUGGAACGCGGCCAUCAAGGACGUAGAGUGGGCGGCCGCCUGCCGCUUUGAGCCGCGCAUCCCGGAAAUCGACUACUCCCUGGUACUGCCGAAGAAACUGCGGGAGCGGGUGAAACGUAUCCAGAAAUAUGACUACUCCAAAUCUGACGAGGACAUCUACAUUCGGGACGAAAUGCAGCUAGAGCGGCCCGAGGACUACAUGAGUGCCAGCAGCACUGAGAAGAGCGAGGAGGAGGAGGAAGCCCCGCUUCUUGAAAUAGGUCGAAAGAAGGUGGAGGAACAGUUCAACGAGACGGAUCACUCGGAUAUUGUGCGCAUGGAGCACGAGUUCGAGAAAUUUGACCUGAAGCUGGGCGAGCCGGUGGGCCACACCCAUCGCACGGUGGACAACACCAGCUGGUAUGCCAAGUUUCUCUGUGCUCCGCGGGACAAGCGGGUCAGCUGGCAGACACGAGUAGAGCAUGCUGGACAGCAUUACUCUCGGGUGACACUGGACGAGCAGGCUGAGAAUCUCAUGGAUGCGUCGGCAGAACGAUUUGUCGAAUGGCUUAACUCCUUUGGCACUCUGGAGAGCAAUCUUACACCGGAUAAGGUCAAGAAUCUCUUCUCCAUUAAAGGAGAUCGCACGCUGCUGGCAUCUGUGAAAACGGAUCCCAAGGAGGUCAACGCCAUAGCUCAGACUGUUGCCGACAAGUGGAACAAGCCUCAUAUGGCUAUUGAGCUGAAGUAUGAGAAGCACAUCAACGACCAUGCCAGUCGUGUUAAUCAGAAACCCAUACUAAGUGCCUUUGGACGCACAGUGCCAAUGAAGGAUCGGCCCUGGCUGAAGAGAGCGAAUGAUACUGUCAUCAGGACUGUCUAUCCGGAGGAGCUGUUGACCCGCGAGAAGAUCUUCAAGGGCAUCACACAUCUGCGCAGCACGACGGCCUUAGUUGACUUCUAUCUGUCCAAUCCUACCCUGGAACGGCCUCAGUAUCUGCUGCAGAGCGGGGACUUUGAGGAGUCCAGCACCAGUGAAUCUGUGAAUGAGGUGCCACUAUAUGAGCUCCUGGGAUUACGCUAUUAAAUUUCUGUUCCUUGUGGUGUUUACUCUUCAAAUUAAAAUAUGUGUUUCACCCAUGUA